AUGGGCGCGGCUCAGUCGAAUGAACAUGCUGCAACGCCAGAGGAAUUAAGCUACGUGCUAGCAGAGCGCUUUGCCACAAAAUGCUUCACGCCUCUCGAGCUUACCCAUUUCAAAGAUAAUUUCUUCUCCCGAGCUUCCGAACAAGGAGGUUUGCGAUAUUGGAACGAGAAAACACUCUCGGAUUUCCUCGGAAUCCCAGAUGGCAUCCACACCUCUGCACAGGAGCAGCCCUUAGAUGCAGGCCCGGUGAUCUUUCGAAUGGUCUCCUACCUAGGAGCGUUUCCAUUUCAGAACACACUCGCGCCUAGUGUCUUGACUUUCGAGGCUAUGGUUAAAGUGGUUGUACUUUUGACCGAGCGCUAUGGUAAAGCGCUGAAACGCGGACAUAAGGAUCGCAUCAAGCUGCUCUUUGGCAGUCUGGCAGACGUGGGGAGGAAAAUGCCCGUUUCCACCGAGACCGAGACUGAGACUGAGGCUGAGGCUGCAGCUGCGGAAGCUGGUGCUGGGGCCGGCCCCGGCACUUCUCAUGCACCUGGCUUUUCAAUAGAUGAGCCGGCAAACGAUGACUACGACGAAGAUGAGGAUGAUGAUCUUGCGCUUGCGGCGCUAGAGUCGCUUGAUGCGAUCGAAGUUUUCAAGCAUGAUCAUCGAGUCGACAAGACGGUCUACGAGACCCGGAUCUCUGUUGAUACUUUCCGACGGUUACUGAUGCUGCUUCUGGUUAUUGCGCCUUUGAAGCCAUUAGAAUCAUUGAAAGUCUAUACGGCUGGUUUGGAUGCUGCGCGGAUGGAGGACAUACAGCGCGAAGCAGACAGCAUUAUUGCUGCCUUUUCGCCGGAGAGCGAUGAUGGAAUCUCAUACAAGACUUUCGCAAGAACGGUUUCGCUUUCUUUGCCUUACCUGUUCGAUCCUCUCACUGCUCUGUUUGAGCACAUGCUUUUCAGCAAGAACCUGAACCUUUCUCAGCACCGCCAAAAAGGCCAAGUGACAGAGCCGGAGCCGGAGCCAGAGACGGAGAUAGAAGAGCCAGAAAAGGAACAAGAGCCGCUCCCACCACCAGCUACAAUCAUGCUCCCUGGAAGCUUCGAAUCCACCAUACUGACCCCAACCCUGACAUCUCACCUCUCUCUCUUCCUCCCUUCAUCAUCAUCUAGCCAAAACCUCUUCCGCAGCGGCGUCAAACUCCACCCCGUCUUCUCAAAAAAUGCCCACGGCUCCUCUCUAACCUCUUUUUCCCACCACGUCCUAACCUGGCAAUCCGCAACCCUCCUCAUCCUCCAAGGAUCCAGCAGGGACUCAACAAACGACGAACUAAUAACUCUCGGCGCCUACCUCCCCCAAGCAUGGAAAACAAACAGCACACACACCUCUUCAAACACCUCAGACCUCCUCCCAUGUCUAUUCCAAUUAUCACCCAAACACCUCCUCCUCCCAGGAAACCCAUCCUCAUCAAUAAAGAAACCAAAUACCCCACCAGCGUACUUCUCAACAACAACCGGCAUCGCAAUCGGCUGUCAAAUACCCGCGCCCUCGCGCACACAGCACAACAAACCCAAACCCCUCGGCGCAGGUAGCCUUCUCAUCGACGGAAACCUUGAGAUAGCAGAGUUCCACACCGCGCCAGUGGGCCACGACGGCGUCUUCUUGCCCGAUACUUCCCCAGACAGUGCGCCGUCGAAAACCGUGCUUGAUCUUUACACUUUGGAAGUAUGGGGUGUAGUACCUGAUCCAUUAGCUGGGUCUGAUUCCGGAUCCAGUGCUGUGGAGAUACAGCGCGCGAAAUGGGAGUUCGAGGCGAGGGAGGCCGAACGGAGGCGGAAUGUUAAUUUCAAGACUUCUGGUGCGGAUCAGUCUUCGAAUGAGAAUGCGAGGUGGAUUUUGGAGGCGGCGGGGAUUCUGGGAGGGAGCGGACGUUGA